CAAUGGGCACCUAUAAAAACACCCGAAUCCGCUCUUUCAAAAGAGACCUCGUGCAACCUUGUACAGUUAAUAUUGUUCAAGUUACAAGCGUUUUAAAACACCUUUCUGCGAUUUUUUUUUAAAUAUGGCUGAAGCACUUUGUAUGUUCGACAGUAGUGAGGACGAAAGCGAUUUUGAGGGGUUUAUAGUCGGCGAAACGGUUGAAUAAACUCUGCCUAUAGCAAGCGGGAACAUCGACGGUUUCAUGGAGAGACAUAGCGGGCAAUUCGGACGACGAUGAAGAGGAGGAGCUUCUUAUUGGCCAAUUAUUGCACAAUGUACAUGUGUGCAAGUACAAUGUACACGUUGGCAAGAAAACCCAACCGAUAAACUUACAAAAAUUCGGCCCCUUAUUUCAAAGCUCGAAAAUGCUUUUCAAGAUGUUUAUGUGCCUGGAAAAAAUAUUUCGAUUGAUGAAGCUUUGAUUAAAUUUAAUGCUCGUUUAUCUUUCAAGCAAUAUAUGCCUAAAAAACCGAAAAAAUUUGGUAUUAAAGUUUGGAUGUUAGCUGAUUCUGAAACUUAUUUUGUGCCGCGUUUUCAAAUUUACUUAGGUAAACAACAAAAUGCCGAUGAAAAUGAUGCAGAACGGGCGCAAGGUCUCGGUUUUAAAGUUGUUGAUUUCCUGGGAAAACCCUACUAUAAUACUUACCGUCAUUUCUAUUUCGAUAACUAUUUUUCCUUGAUUCCUUUACUCGAACAUUUGCUUGCAAAAAAACUUACGCAUGCUCGACCUUGUGCCACAACAGGAAAUAUUUUCCUGUUGAUUUGAAAAAAACAAAACUUAAGCGUGGAGAAAUGAGAACUCGACAAAAUGAAAAUUUAGUUUGUUUGGCAUGGCAAGAUAAACGUUUAGUCACGAUUUUAUUGAUCCACAGCCCGAAGUUUGCGGCCAUUUAGAUGAACGUACUGGAAAAAGGAAAGUCGUUCCCGAGGAAGUGCGAGAAAAACCCGCCGUCAUAUCAUUGUAUAAUAAGUAUAUGAACGGUGUGGACGUAAACGACCAGUAUAGGAGCUACUACCCUGUAAGAGCUCAAUCUAAAAAGUGGUGGAAAUAUUUGGCUUGGUUUCAUUUUACAAAACUUCCAGACUGA